UCCACCAAAGUGGGAACAUGCUUCACCAAAGAACCUUUCGAGAACUGCUCACAGAGCGGAUGGGACAAACUGCUGACCGAAGAUACGAACGGCUCCCUACAAAAUUCUGAGAGUGAGGAAGACCAAAGCACGGCCGAGCCAGAAGCUGCCACCCGACGAAGCUUCCAGAAUGCCCAGUUUCAAGCCUUACUCUCAAAGCAUGUUAUUCAGGACGAUCACUCAAAAAAGCCUGACGACGAGCUUCCUAUUGCCCUUCUACUUGCGAAACGAGACCACAGCGGAGGAAACUUAGAUCCCCGUGAAUACCAGAUUGAGCUGUUUGAGCGCGCAAAGAAGAAGAAGAAAAUCAUUGCCGUACUCGACGCAGGCUCUGGAAAGACACUGAUCGCAGUACUUCUGCUCAAACAUAUCCUCAACCAAGCACUUAUCGACCGAGAUAAUGGGAAGUCAUCUCGAGUGGCAUUCUUCUUGGUCGACACUGUGGCCCUUGUCUUCCAGCAGUCAGCGGUUCUCCGAAACAAUCUUGAUCAGAGCGUGGCACAUAUCUUCGGUGCCAUGGGUCCAGACUUAUGGGACUCUGAAGUCUGGAAAGACCAUUUGGCAAGACACAUGGUGAUUGUGUGUACAGCCGAUAUUCUCAACCAGGCUCUGCUCAACGGACUCGUGAAGAUGGGCAACAUCAACUUAUUGAUCUUUGACGAAGCUCACCACACGAAAAAGGACCAUGUCUAUGCCCGUAUCAUCCGAGAAUCAUACCUCCCAACAGAAAAUUGGAAGCGUCCGAGGAUCUUUGGGAUGACUGCCUCCCCAAUCGAUGCCAAAGUCAAUAUCGCAGAUGCAGCCAUGCAGCUUGAAAAACUCCUGGAUAGCGAAAAUGCAACGACAUCUCACUUGACCCUGUUACGACAAGUCGUGGGAAGUCCCAAAGAGGAAACAUGGACAUACAACAAGCUUGAUUUACCGUUUCCCACAGAACUCUACGGGCAGAUGGAAAGGAGAUUCGGAAAUGUCAAAGCCCUCAAACCAAUCCUGCGAUUUGCAUUGAAUGCCACCUCAGAGCUAGGAAGAUGGUGCGCGGACCAGGUUUGGGAGUUUGCCUUGGCAGACGAAGUGCUUGCAAAGCUCAAGUGCAUUAUUUCAAAAGACCCAGGCCCAGACUUUACUUCGAGCUCUUCAAAACAGAACCCAGAGGAAACUCAAAAGGACAUCAUCCAGCGCCGAAACACGGCGAAGACCUUGCUUCGGCUUUGUGAGAAACUGGAAAUUCCCAAUAUUCGCCCCGGAGUGCUGCUUGGAAUUAACCACGAUCCCACUGGAUCAACAACAUUUCGUCAGCAAUUUCUCACCUUGGCGAAGUUCCGACAGAGUAAGAUCAAUUGCCUCUUUACGACGUCAGUUGCAGAAGAUGGCCUCGACAUCCCGGACUGUAAUCUUGUCGUGAGAUUCGAUCUUUACAGCACAGUGAUUCAGUAUGUCCAAAGUCGUGGCCGUGCAAGACAUACCAACUCAACCUAUGCAACCAUGAUCGAGAUGGGCAAUGAAGAGCACAAAGAAAGAAUUCGGGACGUUCAAGAAGCUGAGCGCCUCAUGCAAGUCUUCUGCAGAUCUCUGCCCGCAGAUCGAAUCCUCAAUGGAAAUGAUCACGACCUGGACGAUGCUUUGAAGAAGGAAGAGAAGAAGAGAAUCUACACUGUUCCCUCAAGCGGCGCAAAGCUGACUUAUGGACAUGCUAUUAAUGUUCUGGGACGUUAUGCCACCUCCUUGCAAUAUGAAAAUGACCUUUCAGCUUCGGUCAGCUACGUCUUGCUCUCACAGGGCCACUCAUUCAUCUGCGAGAUCAUUCUACCAGAGAAGUCACCCAUUAGAGGGCUGAUUGGAGGUCGAGAAUCCAAAAAAGGCCUGGCUAAACAAUCAGCUGCGUUUGAUACCUGUAUCCUGCUCCGCAAAAAUGGAUUGCUUGAUGACAACUUCAGGUCCAAGUAUCACAGGCGGUUGCCGGCGAUGCGCAAUGCAAAGCUCGCGGUCACGAAUAAGACAAAUGAGUACAUCAUGAUUUGCAAGCCUUCGAUCUGGAACCAUGAAGAUAUUAUUCCAGACAUGCUCUAUGGCUUGCUCAUCAAGUUCAUGCCAACGAAGCCUCUGAAAAGAGAGCACCAAAGCCUGUUGCUGUUGUCUCGGAAACGACUCCCUUUGUUUCCUUCUUUCCAAGUGUUUUUGGAGAAUGAUAUUAACACUAUGAUUCAUACAAGGAGCAUCGGCAAAUUUGUGGUAACCUCUCAAGGACUUAUAAACCUUUGCAGUUUCACACUGGCAGUCUUCCAGGAUUUGUUCCACAAGAGCUUCGAUCCAAUGACCGAGAAAUUUCCCUACUGGCUUGCCCCAGUCCUAGCAGGCGCCGGCGACCUUACUCCAGACACCGCUUCUCAGAGCGUGAUAGAUUGGGAUACGGUAGCUUUCGUGCAUAACCACUUGGACUGGAAGUGGUCUCCAGAUAUGGACGUCAACUUUCUCCUGGGACGUUUCAUCUAUGACCCAUGGGAUGGAAGGAAACGAUACUUUCCAAUCGCCGUUGAGUCUGACCUACAUCCAUCAGACCCCCCCCACCAGACUGGACACCACGUCGACGAGAAAUUGGAGGCUACAAAAUGCGUUGCUUGCCCGCAACCACUGGUAAUAUCAUCAAUCCCGUUGACGACAGUGACUUCAUGCCUUGCAUUCCCUGCUAUCAUUAGCCGGCUAGAGUCCUACAUGAUUGUAUUGGAGGGCUGCAAACUCCUUAGGCUGGAUCUCAAGACUGACCUUGCCUUGGAAUCGUUCACAAAGGACCCCGGCAACUCCGGAGAUCAUCAAAUUACACAGAUACAUGUACAGCGAGGCAUGGGAAAGAAUUACGAGCGUCUUGAGUUUCUGGGUGAUUGUUUCCUUAAGCUAGGAACGACAAUUUCGCUCUUCAUCCAAAAGCCAGACGAUGACGAGUACGAUUAUCACGUCCAUCGAAUGUGUCUCAUCUGCAACAAGAACUUGUUCAACACCGCUAUCAAGCUUCGCAUCCAUGAGUACAUCCGCAGUCGUGGGUUUUCUCUGAAUACGUGGUAUCCGCCAGGUCUUACACUCUUGCAUGGGCGAGAGUACGUUCAGCACAUUAAAUCGGAGAGCUCUCACAACCUCGGCGAAAAGACAAUUGCCGAUGUGUGCGAGGCAUUGAUUGCGGCAUCCUUGCUCACCGGAGGUAAAGACCAUCGAUUUGACUUGGCUGUUCAAGCAGUUACUCUUUUUGUUGACAGUGAAAACCACAUUGCAACUUGCUGGGCAGAUUACCUUGCGUUCUACACGAAACCAGUAUACCAGGUACAAGCAUCCGAUGCAGCUGAGCGAGAUCUUGCGAAAAAGGUCUUUGAGAAGCUUGGAUAUAGCUUCAAGUUUCCUCGCCUGUUGCGGUCUGCUUUCACACAUCCUUCUUAUCCGUUGGCUUACGCCAAAGUGCCCUGUUACCAACGACUCGAAUUCUUGGGCGACGCGCUUCUCGAUAUGGUGUGCAUUGAGUUUCUGUACCAUCGAUAUCCCGACAAGGAUCCGCAGUGGCUCACUGAGCACAAAAUGGCUAUGGUGUCUAAUAAGUUCCUCGGAGCUUUGGCAGUGAAACUAGGCCUGCAUCGGCAUCUUCAAUACUUUGGUGGUCCCCUGCAAGGGCUAAUCACCCACUACGCAGAAGAUGUCCAGAUUGCGGAGGCUGAAGGGGACGGGGCGAUGGACUAUUGGCUUGGUACCAAAGACUCUCCAAAGGCGAGUAUUAAUAUGGUCGAAGCAUAUGUCGGCGCCAUUUUCGUGGACUCAGAGUUCGAUUUCAUCGUGGUUGAGGCCUUUUUCACGGCUCAUGUGAGGCCCUUUUUCGAGGACAUGUCUCUGUAUGACACGUUUGCCAACAAUCACCCGGUGACCCACCUACACAGUCAAUUGACGAAUGUCUACGGGUGCACCAACUACUGUCUCAAGAGUGGCGAGAUCCCCGAGAUAGAUGGCGACAAGUCGAAAAUUCUGGCUGCAGUAAUGGUGCAUGGCCACUCUAUCGGCAAUGCGGUAGGGACGUCUGGUCGGUAUGCGAAGGUUAGGGCGAGCGAGCGGGCAUUGGUAGCAGUUCAAGGAAUGCUUAGGUCCGAUUUCCGGCUCAAGUAUAAUUGCGACUGCGGGCCAGUGGAUAUGAAGGAUCUGGAGGAGAUGGAGAUUGGGACUGCGGUGUGA